UCCCAACCUCGUAAUAUUUAUUAUUUUGUACUUUAUUCUUGAUCCUAUUUUCUUAAGUUGAAAUACGGUAAAAACCUUACCCAAUUUCUUACAACUUGAAUUGAAACAAUGAUUUCCAAGAUCAGGAAACUCCAUGACGUUUAGAACUCUUGACGUGCUGAAUAAAAAUGACUUUGCGUUUUAUGAUCACACUUUUAUAAUAUCCGCAUACGUCACUUCCCUUAUAAUAAGCCUCGUUUGAGAAAUCGGAAUGGCAGAAGAAGGGAAUCCCCGAGUUUUCUUUGAUGUAUCAAUCGGUGGUGAACCUGUUGGCAGAAUCAUAUUUACAUUGUACAAAGAUGAGGUACCAAAGACAGCUGAGAAUUUCCGAGCUCUGUGCACAGGCGAGAAAGGAACAGGAGUUAGUGGGAAGCCUCUGCAUUACAAAGGAUGUCCAUUUCACAGAAUCAUCAAAGACUUCAUGAUACAGGGUGGGGAUUUUACAAACCAAAAUGGCACAGGAGGAGAAAGUAUUUAUGGUGAAAAGUUUGAGGAUGAGAGUUUCACACACAAGCAUGAGAAACCCGGCCUGCUAAGCAUGGCUAAUGCUGGGCCUAACACCAAUGGAUCACAAUUCUUCAUCACAACCGUACCAACUGCACACCUUGACGGCAAACAUGUUGUCUUUGGCGAGGUUUCCCAUGGAAUGGGUGUGGUUAAGGAGCUGGAAGGUGUGCCAACAGAAGGGGACAAACCAUUGAAGGAAUGCAUGAUAGAUGAUUGUGGUGAACUUGUGCCUGGUGAUGAUGGAAACGAGCCCACAGAUGACGGUACAGGAGAUGUUUACGCAGAUUUUCCUGUUGACUGUGAUGUCAAUUUUUCAGAUAAAGAAAACAUGGAAAAAAUAAAGGAAAUUGCUCAAAAUAUCAAACAGAUUGGAAAUAAUCUCUUCAAGGAGCAGAAUUUUUCUGUAGCUAUAAAAAAAUACAACAAAGCAUUACGAUACAUAGACACAAUAAUUAAUUUUAUGAAACUCUCAGAGGACGAAAAAGACGAUGUUAAGAAGAGCAGUAAGUUGUCUCUGCACUUAAAUCUAGCUGCGUGUUACCUUAGGUUGAAAGACUAUGAUGAAGUUUUAAGAGCAUGUAAAGAUGCCUUAUCAAUAGACCCGACUAGUGCUAAAGCUCUGUUCAGACGAGGACAAGCCUACUGUGCCUUGAGUGACUGGGAAACUGCUCUGAAAGAUCUGGAGAAUGCUUUGAAGUCUGAACCAACUGAUAAAGGUAUUUUAAAAGAGAUUGAGAAGACGAAGAAGAUACAAUCUGAAUACUACAACAAACAAAAGAAAGCCUAUUCGAAAAUGUUUGCUUGACAGUGUGACAAACGAAUGGACCAAAGAAAUUCUGAAUUUACAUCAUUCAAUGAUAUAGAUAUUCAUACACAAACAAAUAACAUUCCUCAGGCUUCUUUUUGGGACCCUAAUAGAAUAUGUCUUUCUAAACUAUAGUGUUUGUGAGUGCAUGUAGGUGACAUUUUAGCUUGUGUUGCUUAAUUGGCAAGAUGUUUAAUAAUGUUCUUUCUGGAUUUAAGUUAAUUUCUAUGGGCUUGACAUGUGUAACCAGGGUUUAGUCUGAAAUAUGCCACUUCAACACAUGCAAGUCAAAGUUUAAUUUGGAGAAUUUGUUUUGUUAUUGAUUUGAAAAUUGUGUGCAGUUUAUAGAUCUACUGCCAGUUUUGUUAACUUGAGGUUUUUGAUACAUCCCAGGAUAAAUAUGUCUAUCGGUCAAAUUGUGCUGAUUUUAUUGCUAAGAAAUAAUCAGCAUACCUUGACCUUUGACACAUUAAAAGAGAGAUAAAUAAAUACAUUUAUUUAAAGAGGUUUAAUUUUGUUGAUAUUUUGUUUGUCUAUUUGAAACUUAAAACAUCUUCUGACCAAAUUCAUAAAAUUGCUGAUAAUUUGGAGGGUUCAGCUUAAAUCCUGGUGUAGCAUAUUGCUUGACAGUUGCUUAGUAAAAUUUAUGUUAUAUUUCCAUUAAAUGUCCAACAAUACAUUUGAAUGUACAGUUGUAUACAGCUAAAAACAGUGUGUUAAGAUCUGUGCAACAAUGUGCUGAACGCAAACAUUACAACGCAUCUGCAAAUAUACAGUGUAUCACUGUAAAUCUAUUUAGUGUGUUGUUAUGAUCAUAUAUAUUAAAUCACAAAGCUAGUUAAUACAGUAGACUGUGUAAUGUAUAAUAAUAAAUUAUACAACAUAUGUAGUAAUAAAUGUACUUUUUUAUAUUUUCGUUACUAUUAAACUUCUUUACACAAA